GUGAAUCGCAAGACGGCGGAAUCGGAAUCGGAUACCACCAAACAGAGACACCGUUGACCAUACUGGCAGAAUGACGCGAAAACUGAAGUAUCAUGAGCAGAAGCUCUUGAAGAAGCACGACUUCAUCAACUACAAGCAGGACAACAACCACCGGCACCACGAUGUCGCCAGGCGGUAUAUGAUCCAGAAGCCAGAGGACUAUCACAAGUACAACAGGCUAUGCGGCUCUCUGCGACAGCUUGCCCAUCGCCUCAGUCUACUUCCCCCAGAAAACGAGGUCAGGAGGAAACAUGAGACCUUGCUCCUGGACAAGCUCUACGACAUGGGCAUCCUUUCGACGAAAUCCAAGCUCUCGCAGGUCGAGCACAACGUCACCGUGUCCGCAUUUGCCCGCCGGCGGCUACCCGUCGUCAUGACCAGGCUACGCAUGGCGGAGACGGUGCAAGCCGCCACCAAGCUCAUCGAGCAGGGGCAUGUCCGCGUCGGCGUCGAGGAAGUCCGGGACCCCGCCUUCCUUGUGACGAGGAACAUGGAAGACUUCGUCACGUGGACCGUCGGCAGCAAGAUCAAGCAGAACAUCAUGAAGUAUCGCGACAAGCUGGACGACUUUGAGCUUCUCUGAAUGAUGGCUGCUUGAUAGCGGUUUCCGCUGGAUUUCAAGCGGCCAUUCGUUCCCACAGAACCAAGCCACCUCAAAAGACCAUCAAGGCAGUCUUCCCCCCUUCAGGCCUGGAGGGACGUAUACGUCCUGUCAAGGACCAGGACCGACCGCGCAUUUGCCU